CGCUGCGUUGUUUGGACGGCGUGUUCCUUUCUCCUAUGGAGAAUGACUUUGUUGACAAGAUCAUGGAGGAACUGGACCAUUUUCUGCUACAGAACCAGCUGGAAAAAGUCCUCUUGUUUCCCCCUCUGUCUAGUCGCCUGAGAUACUUGAUCCACCGAACCGUCGAUGACGUUGAUCUCCUGAGCAGCUUCUCUGUUGGAGAAGGAUGGAGAAGAAGGACGGUGGUCUGUCAUGCGGCAGUCAGGUUGCCCGAUGAGCCAGACUGCCCCAAUGGUGCUGUUGAAGCGUCUCACUUCAACCACCCCCCCUAUGCCAGAAGCAGAGGGAGCCGAUCCAGAGGAGGCCCGCGGCAGAUGGAAGCCUUGGCCAACAGUUCCCAAGCUCGAAGAGGCAACGGCCGGGCUAGAAGACAGCCCCCCAAAAAGCCAGACAGAGCUCUCUACGUCCCUAGGGCGAUGCGGAAGAAGCUGGAGGACCUGGGGCAAGGUAGCUCCACAGAAACAUUUGAGAGUGGGCUGCAUUGUAUGAGCAACAACAAGGAGGAAUGUCAAGCAUCCAGGGCCUCCUCUGGCAGUGAAAGGAUUCCAGAUGGAACCAGGUUAUCCAGCAAGACCGAAUGUGAAAACACAAAGGCUCAAAGCCCCCCCAAGCAAAGAUAUUCAGAUAUGGAGCCUGGUAAUCAAAGCGGCAGAGAUGCUCUGGGCUGCCCAGAUGUUUCUCUUUGGAAGGAUGCACCCAGGGCAUCUUACCUGGAAAAGCAAGAGAAUGUGAAGUUGGCCUCAUCGGGAUCCAAAAGCAGUCCAAACCUGUCUGAAAUAGAUCCCCAACACAAAGACGGCAGAAACGUCUUUGUCCCAGAAAGCUGUGAAAACUCAGGUCUUCUGGAAGGACUGAUGGAGACUUUUGUUGAUUCUCUCUCCAAAUUAAGUGGACAUUCUCCUUUGCCUGAAGGCCAGAAGAUCGAAGCUCCAGACGUCCAAGAGUUGAGCACAAAGCCAUUCUUUCUAGGAGAUUCCCAUAAAAGCGGCCAGGGUUCCAUUCUGUUAGAAAGUGUCCUGUCCCUUCCUGAAAACAGUGGGGCAGAUGCUUCAAAUGCUUUUCUGUUGAACUCUAACGAGGACUUGCCCCUCUUUGAAAAUGACCACAGGACAUGCCUAUAUGCCAGUGGAGGAGAGGAGGGCAAGCUUCUCCCAGGCCUGGAAACGAGAACCACAGAGUCCUCCAAGGACGACAGUGAGGUGCCGGUGGAAACCCAAUCUAAAGAUUGCACCGUUGCACUUCCGUUCGAGCAUGGCCAAGCCCAGCCAUCUCAAGUCACGAAGGAGGACUUCUUGGUGUGGGACGGUUGCAAGACUCCAUCUCGGCUAAACCCUCAAGCCCAACCCUACUUGCAGACCAGUCCCAGCAAAGCCAAGCUACCGUUUGAAAGCCAGAAGAAAGAGUCAGUAGCCCCGGAGGGACCUCAGUGGCCGGGGGUCGAGCUGUCCGCUGGGGACAGAAGCACGGCUGUUUCUUCAGCAGAAGGAAAGGGCGGCCUUUUCGAAGAUGACUGCGGGGCCGAACUCUUGCAAGAGAUCACAAAUUAUUUGACCAUAAAGGACAUAAGCAUUGAGAAGAUUCAGUUUGAUUACUCCAGUUACGGGGAGGCACAGAUCAACGAAGGAGAUUUUGGCCACGUGCUAGAGAUCUAUGAUUUUUCCCCAUUGCUGAAAACAGAACAUCUUAUGGAGACAUUUUCCGAUUUCCAAGAGAGUGGAUUUAAGUUGCAGUGGGUUGAUGACACUCAUGCCCUCGGGAUCUUUUCCAGUUUGGCAGCAGCAUCUCAAGCCCUGGAACAGAACUAUACCUCCGUCAAGAUCCGGCCUCUGAUCCAUGGAGCAAGACAGUCGAAAAUCAAGGCACUUCAGCGGCCAAAGCUCCUUCAGCUGACUAAAGAAAGACCCCAGACAGAUACAGCAGUAGCCAGACGGCUAGUGACCAGAGCCUUAGGAUUACAGCGCAAAUAUCAGCAGAAUUCAGGCUGCCGAGGAUUGGAACCGGCAACCACCAACCUGCCAGAUUAAAACCAGAGCGGUUUGCAGUGACUUGGGGGUGGCAUUAAAACAAUGUAUACAACAGUUUGAUGACGGCGGGUCUCAUCAGUUCAUUUUGGUUGUGUUGUUGUCGUU